AUGCCAGCCCCGAUCGGAUCUUACGCCGCGCUGAUCGCGUGGUUGGAGUUGGAACAUGAGGGCUUCUACUCGUCUCUCGUCUGUCGGGAUGUCCCAGGAGCCGGAAGAGGCAUGUUCGUCUCGCGCGAUAUCCCGGGAGGCGAAACGAUGCUCGAGAUCCCUUCUUCGGCACUUCUGAAUCCACUGACCCUCCGCAUCUCCCCGCUGAACACAAUACCCGCCCACCUCUUUCCAUGUACAAACGCCGACCGAGCCGUUGUACCUGUCAAGCGAAGACGACAGUCCCUGACGGCAACUCGGCUCGAUACGACCCAGCUCCUCACACUUCACUUGCUCCUCUCGCGGGACCCGGAGGGAAGGCAUCAGUCUGCAUGGAAAGCGUACAUAGCUACUUUGCCGGACUUUGAAGGAUGGCAUCCCCUCACGUGGGUUGCGAGCGGUGGUGAAGGAGUAGAGGAGCUGCUGGGAUGUCUGCCGGUGGAGGCGAGAGAGAAGCUAGAGGACGUGCGAAAGCGGUACGAGGCGGACUGCGAGGUCUUGAAAGGUGUACUACGCGUGGAAGACCCCUUUGCGGAGCAGAAUCUUCUGGGUGUGCUUUGUGAGACAGACUUCCUGUGGGCUUGGCUGAACGUCAAUACCCGUACCGUUUCUAUCCCACUUGAUAUCCCUGGCGUCUCAUCACUGCAAAAUCACACCCUCGUCCCCGUCCUCGAUAUGCUCAAUCACACGUCCCAAUCCUCAUCUCAGAUUCCCAAUCCGCGACAAUAUCCCUCCUCCCCGUCCAUCGCUUCUAUACCCAGAUCUCGGCACUCGGCGCCUACUGCACCGAACGGAACCAGCGUCGUCCCCAGCGGACCCAAACCCCGAGGGCUGGUCCGGGACGUCGGGCCCCUCAUACCCGGCAAGAUCGGCUUCCGGCUCAUAGCGCCUCACAAAGGCCUUUCGGCUGGUGACGAAGUCCUCUUCGAGUAUGGGAGCCAUAGCUCUGCGACGUUAUUUGCGGAAUAUGGUUUCGUUGAGGGGCCUUAUGCGAGCGAGUCGGUCAAGUCGGAUAUGAACGAUGGGCUCGCGGGGGUGCGGGUCCGACGGGCUCCAACUGGGUGGUUGGAGAAGGAACAUGGAUGUGUGGACGUCGGGGACUUGAUCAGGGAGAUAUGGGCGGGAAGGGGGAUGGACGAUGCGGAGAGUGAAGAAAAGGAGGAUGCGCUGAGAGCGCUGAGCUGUUUCAGUCGUCAUGUCAUACAUACAACUCCAUCACCUCCUCAUCCCUCGCACAGCCUUCUCAUGCUCCUUCGGGCCCUGCACCUCCCGCCCCAUUCGACCAAGCUCGCCUCCAUCAGAGCGGGACGGAUAUGCUAUAUCUCACCGACGAACGAGCAGGCUGCGCUAGACUCGCUGGAGGCUGUGUGUUCGACAGCACGGAGUCGGGCCGUGGAGGGAGUGCAACGGGUCAAGGCGCUUCGUCAGCGUUCAGUCGGUGCAGCUGUAGGCGUUGGAUCGGGGCCGGAGAGAUUAGACGGCUGGGUGUGGGAUGGGCUGGAGGGGAUGUGGGAGGAAGAGAGGGAGGUCUUGAGUGCUGUACUGGGGAGGAUAGAAAGGCGGGAGACGGAUUGGUAG